AGCUCUCGCAUUCUCUAGAACGUAUAGUCAAUCGUCCGUUUUCGUCUUAAAUGAACGAUGUGAGAUUUGGAUACGAUCAUUAAACCGUCGCGGCAAGAGGCCCUUUUAAAUAUGAUAUAUUUAACUAUCUGAUACAUAAUUACGUUGGAGAUGUUCCUCAUCAUGAAGUUGUACGCUUUGAAGCGGAUACCUAACUCGUACACGACGUGUUUUGGAAAGACCUUGCUGAUCGUGAUUCGGAAGUACGAAUGUGUGUCAUGGUCUAGUCUAGACUCUAGUGACGAGAGUGCUGCUCUGUGUAACAACUAAAAGCGCCGUUCGUUCCUUGCUGCGACGUUUUUGAUAUCGUUGGGAAUUCCCAUUCGAGUGGAUUUGUUUCAGCAGACAGACGUGUGGUCGAACAGCAGCUUUUAAAUCGAGUGAUUGACGACAUAAGGGAAAAGAAGAAUUUGUCAACCUCCCACUUCCGAGCUCUUCUAAAUUAACGAAACGUAUAGCCCUUUCCGAAGAGGCCACAGUGCUCCGAUGAGAACGACUUGACAACUUAUAUUUUGUUAAACUGCUAAUUAUUUUCGACGUAAUCAAGGAAGAAGAGUUUACGUGGAAAGUACAGGCUCGAUAUGAGUAAACCCAAAUUCAGCCUGACAGAGAAUGGAGUGUGCCUGUUAUAUGAUGUGUGCCACAAGGGUAUUAUUACCAUGCAGGUGAUCUUCUUGGAAGUGUCUCAAGAACUUUGUUACCUGCGUCUUUCAGAUGGAAAGUAUGUGUCUCCUGUUGUAGUAUUGGUUACUGGAAAUGCCCCCAGGAAAUUUGGAGUUGGUGGUAUUAUUGCAGUGAAGGCGACCCAGCUAGAAUCAUUGGACUUCAAGAGGAGAGCUACUUCCAAAAAAGAUAUUGAUUUAAAGGACAAGGAUCUAUUUCUUUUAGUUAUCACAAAUUAUACUGUUGUGGCAGACAAAUCGGAGGUGGAUUGUAUAUUGGGAUCCAUAAAUAUUUUAUCUUCAUAUAAAGACGCUAUAAGGCACAUAGUGCCAAUUUUAAAAAAAUACGACCCUAAAUUUAAAUAUAUCGACAAGAAUUAUGCAAAAGCUCAACUAGAGGCAAGUAAAAUUCGGGAAAACGGAAAUUCAUGUUUCCAUGAAAAUGAUUAUGAAUCAGCGUUAGCUCAUUACGAUACUGCAAAAGGAAAUGAUCCCUAUGAUUAUCGCCUUUGGUCCAACUCCAGCCGAGCUCUUUUUCAUUUACAAGAAUACGAAGAAGCUGAAGAGCAGGCAAUUGUGGCCAUAAAAGUGAAUCCAUUUCAGGAAAAGGCCUACUUCAGAGCAGGCCAGGCUGCACUAAAACAAGGAAAGUAUGCAGAAGCUAUGGAAUUGGGAUUGAGAGGUCGGUUUCUCUGUGGGGAUACCAAAGAUCUGCAGAUUUUGAUUGAUGAAGCAGAAAGUAAAUUAUAUGAGUCAAAGGAAGGUAAAGCCCGAAAUAUCAAGAAUAAAAAAGGCUCCAGAAAAGUAUUUAAUGGCAGUUUUAAUGAUGAUGAAGAAAAUGUAGAUCCCAAUGUGAAGUGUUCAGUGGAAGAGGAUUUAAAGAAGUCCAUCAUGAUGGAAGAAAUCAAGAAGCAGUCUAAAGAAAAAGAAAAGCAGUCUAAAAAGGGAAAGGCUGCUACUGAUGACAACUGUAAAGAGCAGAAGAAAAUCAAAGAAGAAAGGCCUCCAGCGGAGGAAGACAAAAGGAAGCAGGAAGCGACAGUUGAGAUUAGCUCGAGAUCAAGAAAUUUGUAUCAUGAAACACUGAAAGAUGCCAGAAGAUUUUAUGAAACCAACCAAUUCCGUUAUGCUUUAGAGGUGUUUGGUAAAGCUUUAGCCUAUGCUACUCCUAGUGGUGACAGCACAGCGAAAAAUGGUUACAGCAGUUGCCAAGAUUUCUUAGAAAUGCAGUUCCUUGUGGGUGCUUGCAUGAUUCAUACCAACAAUAAUAUUUUGGAUGGGAUGGAUAUGAUGAAAUUCUUUUCGCUUGACAAUGAUGCAUUUGGUGCUCAUGCCUCAGCUCAUUAUUUCCUUGGGCUAGCUUAUGAGAAAUUGUGUCUAAAUAGGAUGGCACAGGCACAGAGUUAUGAAUGUUCUGUAGUCUUGAACAAUAAAAAACACAAGGCUUUCAAGUGGCCUGGGUCUGAUGACAUAUUUCCAGAGUCGGAUCCAGAACGACUGAAAGUUAUCGGUGAUGAAUUAUACAGAAGGAAUAAAAAUCAUUUCGAUGAAGAUAAAAGUGUUGCUGUGUGGAAAUCACUUAACAUUGAACCCACUGUCAUUCAAAAAGUUGACAACAUUAGUGAUUUCAGUGGCAAAUAUACCUAUAUGGAAAUGGUUAUCCAGAAUAGUAUAGAAAAAACCAAACGAGAGUUUUUAGGCAUGUUUUCGAGGGGUGAGCACUCCAGAGGAUACAGAAUUAAGGUGGUUCGUCAAAGAGGUGAUCUGAUUGGGAGAGCUUCAACCAUCAAACCAACUCCUAAAGCCAAAUGUCGAUUCAAGAACUGCAUUUUGACCCAAGGUCAUCCAUUUGCAAGAGAGGAGAUUUAUGACACGAAUCCAGAUUUUAAAGGGUUUGUGGAUGUCAUGUGUGAAGAGUUCUGCAGUGUGGCCUACCAUCCUUGCUGUUGGAAAGCACACAAAGAAGACCAAUUUGGGAAAAUGUCAGACAAGGAUUUUUUGGGUACAGAAUGUGUCACCCCAGACUGUACAGGCAAGAUUAAUGGAAUAUUAAUCCAUGAUGAAACUGGCACCUUGAAGCACGAAAUACUCUUGAAUAAAAGAGAUAAAAAAAAUUCAUCAACUCCUGUCAAACAGAAGAAGAAGAAGGAUAAAAAAAAGACACAGCCAGCUAAACAACAAGAUGUUAAAGAUAAGAAAAAGCCCAAACAUGAAAGCUUAUCUGAGGAUUUUGCACACAUUGAAGAGACUACUACUACUACUCCUGCUAAUGCAGCCUUCGCCAAACCACAAGGUUCUCUUAAUGAUUGUCAAAAUAAUAUAAAACAAAAAACCCAAGUGCCUGUACCUCCUCUGCCAAUAGACCCUGAAAGCCUAGAUAAAGUUGCUGUUGUUAUCAAGCCAAUGAUAGAUGAUGAUCUUGCGGUUCCAACAAAACUAUCAAAGAAGAAAAAGAAAAAUAAGAAAUCAAAAGAAGUCAUUCAACCUGAUCUUUUAGGUGAUCCAUUGGAUACAGUUGAAAGAAGCAAGAGUGAGUAUGUUGCACGGUUACGGAUACUAAAACAACAAAGAGAAGCUCAAGAGUCGGAUGCACAAAAUUUACCCAGGUCUACAGGAAAUGGUUUUCGACCUGCUGAUCCUCCUAAAAUAUCACAAUGGCUGGACCCAGAGAACCCAUUUUAUUUGCCACAACAUUUGCAAGAUAAUCCAGAAGAGUUGGAGAGGAUACUCCAGACAAAAAUGAUUGCAUCAACAUCUCCCAAUCUCGACAACAGUGCUAUUACAACCUUACUUGAAUUUGUGUAUGGGUGGCUGAAAGCAGAAGGUCCUAUGUCAAUAAAUGAUGACCGACUUAGGCAGUAUGUGGCAGAGAAUUUCCCACAAGAUGCUUUAAAUCAUGUUAACCACUGUGGAGGCAUUAAGCAGUUUUUAAUGCAGUCAAUUGAUUUUGCAAUGAUAGAUGAAGUAAUAUGUGUAAGGGACCAUGUUGUUCGAGCCCAAGAUUUAAUUAGAAAAAAUGUUGCUGAGCGCAUGAUGAGCUCCAAAUUCCUCAUCAGUGAUGGCCGAAAAGCUAAAAAAUUCUCUCAUCUUCUUGAUGAUACCAAAAGCAGUUGUUCGUCUUCAUCAUCCACUUCUCUUCUUGUUGGCUCUGGGGUUUCAUCUCUCACCUCUCGAACUACGUCUGAAUCACUUAAUCCAGUUUUAAAGCCUCUUAAAGUAGAUUCUGUCAGAGUCAAUUCCACGGAGUUGCCUUCUCCUAAAACUAAGCAAAAAUCACAGUGUGUAGUAGAUCUUGACUCAUUUACAACUGAUCUUCCUAAAGCAAACUUGGACCAUGACAGACCUAAGAAUAAAUUUGCUAUGGAAGGCUUGAGUGACCUUGACUCCUUUGAGAUUCCAUCUCCAGCUAUAAUAAAAUCACCUUCCAAGAUUCUUCAUAGCUCUAAGUAUUCAAUUCAUACAGUUGAUAGUGAUUAUGAAAUAGACUGUGAAGAUGUAGAUGGAAGUGGUGAUGAUGAUGAUGAUGAAGCUGAGGACUCUGUACAUAACUCAGUUCUACAAAAAGCUGUUGAUGAUGGUCCAGUUACCAUUAGUCAGAAGCAGCAGACAAAACCUGUUAAAGAGAAAAAAGAUGGGGAAACUCGCAAGAAUUUACCUUCCCACUUACAUCUUGGUGAUGAUCAGGGUCAUUCUAUAGAAGAUUCCCAAGACAAUGGGGAGGGAGAGGAGGAGGAGGAGGAGGAAGAGGAGGAAUUAGAAGAGCAAGAGGAUUUCAGUGAUGUAGAGGAAGAAAGUGAGGAAGUUAUUAUCAAGGGGGAAAUAGAGAAGAUGAAGGAAAGCAUGAGGAUGCUGAUUGAGCAAAAUCAAAAGUUGAAUGAUAAACUGAUUCAAGUUAAAUCCAGUACAAGCAUAGAGAUCAGCUCACUAAAGCAAAAAGUUGAGGAACAGAAGGCUGAGAAAAGGGAACUGGAAAGUGAGAAGCAUAGCUUAUUUGUGGCAAGAGAAAGUGAAGCCAGAAAGUUUAAAGCAGAAAUGUGUAGAAUGCAAGAGGAAGUAAAGUCAUUCCAGGGUCGUCACACAUCACUAGAGCACAAAUAUGAGCGGACUCUUGACCGUAUAAAUGAACUUGAUGGAAAAUUAAUUGAAGAACAGGAAAUUGGUACUCAGUUGAGAGAAGAUGUGAAAAACCUUCAAGAGUCACUGUCAAGCAGCUCUAGACGUGCCCAUGAAGCAGAAGUGAAGUACCUUUGUAUCAAAAAGGACCUUGCAGAUUCUCAUCUUAACAGGACCAUUGACCGACUAACUGAAGAGGUAGUACGGAUGAGGCAACUGCUGCAGUAUGCAUCGGAAGAUUCAAUCCCAGAUCAUGCUACCAUUUCAAGGUCCAUCAUUGCAUGGGAUGAGAGUAUUAAAAGCUUACGAGAAUGCAAAGCAGUAUUUUUGGAGGAAGCAAAGCGACUUUUAAACAUGGUGAACCAAGGACGUCCACUUAAUGCUCUGCCACCAGGAGAUUUAAGCAUUCCUGCUAUACCAGAAAUGAACAUAGCUCGACUUCUUAGCAUUGUUCCUAAUGCCAAAAAGCUAGUUCAGAAUUGUGUUCAUGAGUUGGCUCCAGAACGACAGUAUGCUUGUGGUUCUCCAGCGAUGAUCGCAUCACCAACACCAGCAUUCACUCUUGAGCCUCAAAUAGUGACCCAAAAGUUACAAGGUCCUCCUGGAUUUGAGCCUCAAAAACCUUUAGGUUUACCAAAGAUUGUUCCUGCUCUAGCUGCCUUUAGUGGUGGUGCUAUUCCAAAAGGCAAUGUUGCUUCAGGUCCAAAAGUUAUUGUGACAGAGACAGAUGCAGGAGCCACUCAAAAAUAUCCAGACUCACACAAGUUAUUCAUCGGAAAACUUCCUUGGGAAAGCACAGAAUCAGAUAUAAAGCGACUCUUCAGCGAUCUUAUUGGUGAAGUAGUGGGAGUAACCAUGUAUGACAAAGGCUUUACCCCUGAUGGAAAAGCAGUUCCUAAGUAUGGAUUUGUCACAUUCCGUAAUGCUGAGGACCAAGAAAAAGCCCUAAAGUAUGGGCCCAUUAUGAUUGGAAAUCAUGUGAUAAACGUCCAAGCUAAGGAAGCCAGGAAACCUACCAAGCCCUUGAAUUUAGCUGUAGGGGGUCCUUCUAGUGCUGUUAUUGAACCUCUUAUUAAAAGUGGUCCAUUAGCAUACGGUCUGAGUGACAUUUCCCUUAAUGCAACUUCAGAAGCAAAUAAAUCUGUUGUGUGUACGCUGUCAGCUCCGACAGUUCCCAAGUCCAUCACUUCGACUUUUACUAAGCCUAAGUUCCAGAAUUUGACCACCACCAGUUCUGUGGGCACCAUUGGCACAUUACCUCCUAAGCUAGUUCGGCCACAACCUAAGCAGCUGACAAAUGGUAAAGGAGGAGCUCAGUCUGUUACUUCAGCACCAGCUGUAGGAAAGGAAGAUUCAGGUGCUUACAAAAGACUGAUUGAAGUUUGUAAACAGCGCAUAGGAAAGGAAUAUUCUUCACCCGAUAUAUGCAGUGCUCUACGGGAGGUUAGGAUGAAGAACAGUAACAGCCUUUCAGGAAUGAAUGUUGACCAUAUAGUAGAUAGUGUUAAACAGCGACUUAGAGCUCGACGACCUGCUUCAGGGUCUGUAGCCCCUUGGGCAGGACUUACACAGGGUACAGGGGGAAAGUCUAGUGGGCCAGAAUGGCAAGGUCUUCCAAGUGGGGAAAUUCCACCUGAAGAACAGUGUUCUAUAUGCCUUGAUGCUUUGAAUUUAAGCCCAACUUUACAGUUACAGUGUCAUCAUGUGUUCCAUGAAAAAUGUAUCAGUGGUUGGCUUAAACGUCAAUCCAAUUGUCCCAACUGCCGUACAUAUGCAUUAAUGGAUGAUGAGUAUCCUUCCCUUAAACAUUAGUUUAGUGUAAGUUUUUGCUUUUAUAUAGUUUUAUAUGCAGGCUUCAUGUUCAAUGUAGUUUGAAAGAAAUGUACCUUAUGUUUAAUGUUCCUUGAUAUAAAUGUACCUUAACUGAUUUUAUUUUCUUGGUCAUGAUUGCCUUACGAUCCUGAGAUGUCAGCCUCACCUACUCCGUUAUCUGUUUUUUUUUUUUAAGGUUCAGGUAUGACUUCUUACACACACUGGCCCAUGGUUUCGUUACUGAUGCAUUUCUUAAAGUAAAAUUUUGAAUAUAAUUUAGUUUAUCUAAACUAACACAGGAGUGUUUACUAUUUUUCAUCAUGACUUAAUAUGUGUAGAAAGUGAAGUUAAACAAUAAAUUAUAAUGAUACCUAAGCAUCUCAUAGGAGUUGCAAAAUUUUAGCAAGAACUUUAUUUUUGGUCUUAGAAAUAUCUUUUUUUUCCUUUGCUUUGGUCUUGUUUCCAGAAAAUUGACGUAAGUGCUGAGUUUUACUUAUGGUAUUAAUUGUUAUAAGUUCAUUUACCUUGAUUUAAUGAUUGUUUUUAGGGGGGAACUAAUUUCUGAAUUGGACUAGCUCUAAAGUUUGGUACAUCUGGAGAGAAUAUAAUAAUUGAAUCAUGACAAUAGUCUGAUUGGUUACCAUGACCCAAAGAUUAGCACCUGUAUGAACCUUCAUUAAUGGUACUUAAUGAAGAUUGGUCUAGUGGUUUUGCUAACCAGUUUUCCCCUUGGAAAACUAAAGGGCUACAAUGCCUUGGCAUUGUAGCCCUUUAGUUUUGGCGGUAUUGUUCACUCAGCAGCCAACAGGAGGACUUGCAUUUUCAAGUGCUUUUUGCUGUUAAUGUCAGAAGUUGAUUUGUGAGAUUGAAAUAUGGCUAAAAUGGUACAGGGUGGAGAUUGAAAAAUUAUUAAAAUGUUACAGGGUGGAGAUUGAAAUAUGGUUAAAAUGUUAGUGUUGAAAAUACUCUUUCAUGUUUAAAAAUAUGGAUUAGCAUCCACAAUAUGCAUGUUAACAUCUAAAUAUUCGUUUUAUUUAUUUUAUUUUAUCUUUAUGGUUUGUUCAUUAUGUCAUGAUUAUGAGUUUAGUAGCAUUUAGAUUUUUAGUUUUUAGAGAAUCCACAGGUUGCAUAUCAUUGGAUCAACUUCCACUUAAGCCAAAUAAUUUUUUGAGGUUCUUUUAACAAACUGUCAUGUAAUGAAUACUAAGAAAUCACGUACCUCUUAAUAGAUUCCACUUUUUUAUAUAUAUUAGUAGAAAUCAUGAUGGUACUUGUUUUCAUGAAUUAAAUAAAUAUCCCAAAACAGCCUUGCCUUUAAAGUUAGAUUGUCCCACCAAAUUUAAUCCCUUUCUUGAAUAAAUUCUCUAGUGAAAAUUUUCAUCCUUCCCUUUGCAUUCUGAACAAAUAAUAGCUUUUCAUGUUAUUAAAAGUUCACAAAUGCAAAACCAAUAACUACUUAAUUACUAUAUGGCCAUGAAUCUCAUUAGAAACAGUACAGUAGCCACUUGAUUUGUUUGUUCUCAAAGUGGUUUAAGAAUACCUAUUUUUUUAAAUACUGAGUUGCUGUUUUUGUCAUUUAUAUAAUGGUAAACUGUAUAUGACUGUGAAGCUUUUGCUGAUGGAUGGAAUGAAGUUACCUUGUACUGCAGCCUCCUUUGGGUAAAUAAACCUCUGUUGUCAAGAUGCAGCUCAGCAAAGGCUAGGAUACUUAUUUUGAAAGAAAAGGCCUGGUUGUGGACAUAUUAGGGGGAUAUGAGAGCCGUCAUGGUUUGUUUAUCUUGGCACGAAAGUAUUAUACCAUCAAAAAAGGGGCACUGGUUAGCCCAUAUUAAUUACUGGUCUCCAUAUGUCUUACUUUAGUGUUCAUGCCAAAGGAUACAAUUUUAUGUUCAUUGAUUUUAAGGAAAAAACAAUAAUUGUUUUUUCAUUAACAUAUACUACCAUGAGAAGUAUAGCACAGUGGAGCCAUCCAUGUCCUAUUUUUUAUGUAUUUUUUAUGUUUACUAAUAUAGUAUUUUGAUUAUUGGAAUAAAAGUUUGAUUAUGUAAGACAAUUUUGUUGGAUAUUUUAAGAGAUUGGUAGUGUUAUGAAAUAUAAUGAUGAUGAUUUGAUAGCUUAACCAUUUUUCUUAGAUUUUUCAUGGGGUUGAGUUAUUAGCUUUUAAAUAUAUAAAUGAUCUUUUAUUGAGGUUUGUUUCAUGUGAUUGUAUUCUUGUUUAGUACUAGUUUAAAGAUUUUCUCUACUGCUUGCUUGUAAUGUGAGACAAAAAACAACAAAAAUUAGUGUUAUUAUUCUGGAGAAACCAAAGCUCAUAAACCUACAAAUUUUACAAGUCUAGUGGUGUGCACUGUACUUACUUUUGGGUGACAGCCAAACCAACAAAAUAGUUGAGAGUUCAAAAUCCAGAAAGAGCCAAAGUGCAACAGCUUUAUUCAAAUGGAGAAAAGUUACAUCAGCUCUAGGUUAGUGAGGAAAUUGAAUGUAGUAUCUGUUCAAAUCUUUCGG